AUGGCGCCAAAAACUUUAUCGGUUCAAAACUACAACCUCCUUGCAGAAACCAUCUUCAACCUCACUGCCAGCAUCCUUGCUCUUGUUGCCUCUUCGCCCCCUCCACCUCCGGCCACCACCUUGCAGCCGCCUCCAUUCCUCCCAGCCGGCUGCCUCCUGCAACACCCAGCUUUAGUAUCAGACCCAAACACCACAGCACCUCCUUCCCUGGCGUCUUCUUGGCAGACUGCGACCCAGCGUUUCUGCCCUCCUCUGCUACUGUCGUCGCCGGCCAAGCCUACAGCAGCGGCCCAGCUCUCCGAUCAUCUACCCCGGCAGCCUCCAGUCUUCCUCGGCUCCACUGCUGCUACACCAGCCCCCCAGGACCUCCGACCACCAUCAUAG